AUGGCGCCUAGUGCGAAAUCAGGACAGGAUAAUAGCAAGCACAAAACACAAAGAAGAUACAAAGACCACAUCGUUAAACUUCUCGUGCGAGGGAAGCUUUCAGGACAGUUUUCUCAGCAUCUGUUCAGAAAGCUCCCUCCUCGUGUGUGUGUUCCAUUAAAGAACAUUGUCAGUGAAGAAUACCUGAGAGCAGGGCAUAUCUUUCUUGGCUUCACCAAGUGUGGCCGCUACAUUCUCUCCUACACCAGGGACUGUGGAGAGGAUGAUGAUUUCUCUUUCUACACCUACCAUUUAUAUUGGUGGGAGUUUAAUCUUCACAGUAGACUCAAGCAGGUCCAAUAUGUGCGACUGUUUGCAGGCGAGGAAAUCUACAAUGACCUUUAUCUAACUGUGUGCGGGUGGCCAUAUGACCAGUCUAAAAUUGUCAUCUUUGGUUUUAACUCUCUCUUGAUGAACUUGAUGAGCGCCGAGAACUACAGAGAUAUCUACAUCACCAUCGUCUCAAUGCCGCCCCCUCACCCUUGCCAUGAAUGCUGCGCACUUCCUUUGUCCACAUCAGUACGCAAUGAAAGUGGUGAGUGUCUGGAGCACGGUUACGUCCUCAACAGCAGGUAUCAGGUGGUGUACCCCUUUCCCACUUUCCAGCCUGCUUUCCACCUGAAAAAGGACCAGGUCAUCCUAUUGAAUACGAGCUAUUCUUUGGUGGCUUGUGGAAUCUCCCUCUGCCAAGGCAAAGCGGGCAAGUCGUCACAGAUUCUCUAUACUAAGAGAGCGUCUUUGUCAUGUCAGGCGUCCACGUCGUCCUCUCCCAGCGCUUCAGCUUCCUCGCUGCCUCAGGGAUCACCUGAUAGGCAAUCAACUCAGAGCAAAUUAACACAGAGUCCCCUUUCUCCCCGCCAAUCACAAGCCGUGACACGAGCUCGAGAAUUUGCAGCCGACCUUUUUCGACGAGCCCAGGGUGGCGCUGCUGGCGAUGGAAAAGAAGCCGCAUUCAAACCGUCCGAGCCAUUGGUAUUAAACGAUCGCCAAGAAGAACCGGAUUGUCCCAAAAAGAUGCAGAAAGACAAACAGACUUGUUUAACAGAAAAAUUAACAUUGGGCCAUAGUUCAACACACUCGUCAGAACAAAUGUUGUGUCCUGCGUCGUCUUCAUCAUCGCCUUCCCCCCCUGCUACGCUGUCGACAUCUCAGGAGCUUGAACACAGUGAGCCUGGAUAUGUCAACUACUCAUGUCUACACUACUGUCCCCAGCCGGGCUCAUUGGAGCAGAAUACAGGGGGCAAUACAGGUUACGAAGACGAUAAAGUACAGCUGGCAUUCACGGUCACCGAUCUUAAAGGGCGGAGCCUGCAGCUGGUCAACGAGCCAGAUGAUGGACAGAGCGUACGUGUGGAGCAGCUGACUCUGGACUUUGAGUAUCUAAUUAAUGAGGUGAUCAGGAGAGAUGCUGCAUGGGCAUCACAGUUCUGCUCUUUCAGCGAUUACGACGUGGUCAUUUUGGAGGUGUGUCCAGAGACCAACACCGUCAUAAUCAGCAUCGGCCUGCUGUUAUUGGCCUUCUCCCCCUCAGAGCAUUGCAGGCCCAACACGUACCAUUCAAACUUGCAGGUCAGUUGGGACCUUAACACUGGUGUAUGUUGCACUGUGGGUGUCGGCGAUCUGACAGAGGUCAAGGGUCAGACCAGCGGCCGUGUGUGGAGCUCUUACAGGAAGUCGUGUGUGAACACGUUGAUGAAGUGGCUCAUUCCUGAGAGCAGCUCGCGCUACAUCAACCGCUUGACCAAUGAAGGACUACACAAAGGAACAUCUCUUCAGGUGUUGGCUGAUAGCGACAGAUGCACCUGGAUUGUUCUGUGA